AAGGACCAUCUUCUUCCUCCUCCUCUGUUUUUCCCACCUUUUCCUUUCCACACUUGCUUCUUUGUACACCCCCGUUGAUCUAUUCAGCAUUAACUGUGGCUGUUCCGGCAACUCAUCGGGAAAUGACCGGACAUGGACCGGAGAUAUCGACUCAAAGUUCUUAUCAAAACAAGACGAAUCUGUUGCAGUCACAGCACUUACUCAAUCUCCUUCUGCUCAACAAGUCCCUCACACCACAGCUCGUCUAUCUCGCUCCCAAUUCUCCUAUUCAUUCCCUGUGUCUCCAGGCCAGAAAUUCAUCCGCCUCUUCUUCUACCCAGCUUCUUACCCAGGUUUUAACCGUUCUGAUGCCUUCUUCACUGUCAAAUCUGGUGGGUUCAUACUCCUUCAGGAUUUCAAUGCUUCGGUCACAGCUGAUUCGAACCAUGAAGAUACCAUCCUCAGGGAAUAUUGUGUCAACGUUGGCGAUGGUGGGAAUCUCAACUUAACUUUCACUCCAAAUUCAACAAACCCACAAUCAUAUGCAUUUGUUAAUGGGAUCGAGAUAGUAUCCAUGCCUGAUUAUCUCUAUUACACCAAAGCUGAUAGCCCUGGAUUCAAUUUAAUUGGUGCGCAGGUCAUGUUUUACAUUCCCACCAACGUUGCUCUCCAGACAAAGUACCGGCUUAAUGUCGGUGGGUGCGAAAUCUCAGAUACGGAUGACACAGGAAUGCUCCGAUCUUGGGACUUCGAUGACAGUUUUCUAGUAAGUCAUUGUCAAUUACCUGCUGAUUUUGAGGGUGAGAGAAGACCCCUGAUAUUCACUAAAGUUCCUAAUUACACAGUACCUGAGCGAGUCUACCGAACAGAACGUAAUAUGGGGAUGAACAAAACUUUGAACAAGAGCACUAACCUUACUUGGGAGUUUCCUGUCGAUUCAGGCUUUACCUACAUGCUGAGACUCCAUUUUUGUGAGCUUACUCCAGGUAUCAACGAUUCCUACAACAGAAUGUUUGAUAUUUACAUAGCCGACCAGUUAGCUGAGGAGGGUGCGAAUGUGUUAAAAUGGGCAAAGGGAAAAGCAGUUCCGGUAUAUAAAGACUAUGCCGUAAUUGUCCCAGGUGAUGCAAAACCAGCUAAUCUUUCACUCAAAAUGCAUCCUGUCUCGGGAUCGAUGACUGAGUACAGUGAUGCAUUCUUGAACGGACUUGAGAUUUUCAAAAUCAGUGAUCGAAAUCUCGCCGGACCCAACUCUUAUCUUCCUCCUCCUCCACCACCCAAUUCUAAUGAGCUACCCCGAGAAAAUCAGAGAAGAAGAAGAAGCAAGAUAAUUGGGGUCGUGGUUUGCACUGCAGCUUUCGUCGCCGUUUUGGUUCUCAUUGUUGCUUUCUGCCUCAUUACUCGCGGGAUGAACGUCAAGUCGAGCGAUUAUGGAAUUUUCAAGCGCUUUCAAUUAUUUACCACCAAAUCAGUGAAUAUUAUUACCAGCGGCUCAAUUGUACGGACGGAAUUGUGCCAUCACUCUCCCAUCGUUGAGAUCAGAGCCGCCACCAACAACUUCGAUGAACUCUUCCUCAUCGGAGUCGGAGGAUUCGGCAACGUCUACAAAGGUUACAUUAACGACGGUCAAACUCCGGUGGCAAUCAAACGACUCAAACAAGGGUCGCAACAAGGGCUCCACGAGUUCCGAACUGAGAUUGAAAUGCUCUCCCAGCUUCGUCACAAUCACUUAGUCUCUCUCAUUGGCUACUGCAACGAUGGCAACGAAAUGAUCCUCGUCUAUGAGUUCAUGGCUCGUGGGACCCUCCGUGACCAUCUUUACAAUUCUAACAACCAUCCCCUUUCCUGGAAGCAGAGGUUGAAAAUUUGCCAGGGUGCAGCGCAAGGACUACAUUAUCUUCAUACAGGUGCGAUACGAAAUAUCAUUCAUCGUGACGUGAAGACGACGAACAUUUUACUUGACGAAAAAUGGGUGGCUAAGUUUUCUGACUUUGGAUUAUCGAAAAUAGGACCCACUGGGAUGUCCAAGUCCCACAUUUCCACAGUGGUGAAAGGAAGCAUUGGUUAUUUGGAUCCAGAAUACUAUAAACGCCAAAGGUUGACUCUGAAGUCUGAUGUUUAUUCGUUUGGUGUGGUUUUACUCGAAGUAUUGUGUGGGAGGCCACCUUUCUUACGUACUGUGGAGAAGGAGAAGGCAAGCUUAGUAGAAUGGGUCAGCAAAUGCCAUCGCGAGGGUGUGAUUUGUGAAACUGUUGAUUCGUUCAUAACAGAAAGUAUCAGACCAGAGAGCCUUAAAGCGUUCAGCGACAUGGCGUUAAAAUGUUUGGAAGAUGACCCAAAUGAACGACCAUCGAUGAGUGAAGUUGAGUGGGGCCUAGAAUUCGCGUUGCAGCUACAAGAAAGUGCAGAGGAAACUGGAGAUGAAGGAAAACGCGAGGAAGAAAGGGCUCUGUUAACAGAAGUUACUGAUGUGGAAGAAAGACAUGAAGUUGGUUUCGAUAAUGUAGAAAUCAGCUUUGCUCUCUGGAAUGAUGUUAAAAGUCAAGUUUAAUCGAAAUAUAUGUGACAGAGGAAAGACAAAUGAUAUUGAAUUACACUGCCCACAAUAAAUUGGGAAGUUUUUUACAAAGCAAUAAUUGUUAUUUUUGUCAUUUUGCUAGAAUUAGAUUCAAAUUUGAAAUUACAAUUGUUAUUCCUUUUAAAAUUGCUCCCUUGUUAAAUUGACUAAGGCACUGGUUCCUUUAUA